ACUCAGCGGGCUUGCGCCGCCGUCCCGCCCGCCCCGCUGCUCCCCGCGGCAGUCCCGCUCCGCCUGUCCCUCGGCGCAGGCUUCCCUGGCGCGGCCGGUCCCUGGCCGGCCAGACAAGCAGCGCGCGCGCUCUCCCCGGCCCGGCGCAGUGGCCAUGGCGGCGGCGGUCGCGCUGCGGCUGCCGCUGCCGCUGCUGGUGCUGGUGAGCGCCGCGGGGCUCGCUGCCCUGGGCGCCCCGCAGCCCCCCAACAUCCUGCUGUUGCUCAUGGAUGACAUGGGGUGGGGUGACCUGGGAGUGUAUGGAGAGCCCUCCAGAGAGACCCCGAACCUGGACCGCAUGGCUGCAGAAGGGAUGCUGUUCCCCAGCUUCUACUCCGCCAACCCUCUGUGCUCACCGUCCAGGGCGGCCCUGCUCACUGGACGGCUGCCCAUCCGCAACGGCUUCUACACCACCAAUGGGCACGCCAGAAACGCGUACACACCGCAGGAGAUAGUGGGCGGCAUCCCAGACUCUGAGCGCCUCCUGCCCCAGCUGCUGAAAGAGGCUGGUUACGCCACCAAGAUCGUGGGCAAAUGGCACCUGGGUCAUAGGCCCCAGUUCCAUCCGCUGAAGCACGGAUUCGAUGAGUGGUUUGGAUCCCCCAACUGUCACUUUGGACCUUACGACAAUAAGGCCAGGCCCAACAUCCCUGUGUACAGGAACUGGGAUAUGGUCGGCAGAUUUUAUGAAGAAUUUCCAAUCAACGUGAAGACUGGGGAAUCCAACCUCACCCAGAUCUACUUACAGGAAGCUCUGGACUUCAUCAGGCAGCAGCAGGCUGCCCAGCACCCGUUCUUCCUGUACUGGGCUGUGGACGCCACGCACGCCCCUGUGUACGCCUCCCGGCCUUUCCUGGGCAGCAGCCAGCGCGGGCGGUACGGGGAUGCUGUUCGGGAGAUCGAUGACAGUGUGGGGAAGAUUCUGAGCCUGCUGCGGACCCUGAGCAUCGCCGAGAAUUCCUUCGUCUUCUUCACCUCAGACAACGGUGCCGCCCUCAUCUCUGCUCCCAGCCAAGGUGGCAGCAAUGGUCCCUUCCUGUGCGGGAAGCAGACCACGUUUGAAGGUGGGAUGAGGGAGCCCGCGAUUGCAUGGUGGCCGAAGCACAUCCCUGCUGGCCAGGUGAGCCACCAACUGGGCAGCCUCAUGGACCUUUUCACCACCAGCCUGGCCCUUGCGGGCCUGAAGCCACCCAGCGACAGGGUGAUUGAUGGCCUCAACCUGCUCCCCACCAUGCUGCAAGGCCAGCUGAUGGAUAGGCCCAUAUUCUAUUACCGUGGUAACACCUUGAUGGCUAUCACCCUCAGCCAGCACAAGGCCCACUUCUGGACCUGGACCAACUCCUGGGAGGAUUUCAGACAGGGUAUUGACUUCUGCCCUGGGCAGAACGUUUCAGGAGUCACCACCCAUACCCAGGAGGAGCACACGAAGCUGCCACUGCUCUUCCACCUGGGGCGUGAUCCCGGAGAGAGGUUCCCGCUCAGAUGUAAUUAAAGUGGAACAGAAGUGAGGUCAUCUGGAUUGGGCAACCAAAGUCCAAAGAGAAGAGCAGGCACCAAAGUAGGCAGCCACUUGGGGCCAAAGUGAGGUCUGAAGCCAUGGAGGCCAGGAGGAGGAAGGAGGAGCCUCAGGUGCUGCAGAGCAAGCACCUCCACUUCACACUCGCCUCCAGGAUGUGGAGGCACAGGUAUCUACUGCCUUAAGCUCCCAGGGCACCAUGGGUGGAAGCUGCACACUUCUCACAGUGCAUCCACAGGGAUGUGCAGCUCAGCUGCUGCGGCUAGACGAGGUACAGGUCUUGAGGCCCAGGGCCCCAGAGCAGCCUGCACAGUGAGUAGGGUGCAGGCCUCAACCACAGCACACCAGCCCAGGCCACAUCGGCACCCAACACCCCAGCAGGCCACGUGGAGUUGGGGCCAUGCAGAGGUCAGCAUUCAGCACAGUGAUGGCCCUGCACUCCAGCUUUAUGCAGAGUGGCACAGUCCUCAUGGGCUCCUUUCCAGCUGCUGCACUCCAUGGCCGAGGCUACCCCAACAGCAAUCCUGGAGGACCAAGAGACAACUGUGGGUCUCAGACACAGUCACUGCAGUAAACUCCAGCAGUACGGUGACAGCCACCACCUGCAGGGCCUUGGGAAUACAGGGAGGCCUCCAAGCAUGCUGGCCACAGUUCCACCAAAUGUACUUAGCCAUGGCAUCCUGCAGAUGCAUGUGCACCUUAGUGUCCUCCUCCCCAGUUAAAAACACUGAGGCCAGGCAGCAUGCAGAGAGACAGCCGGGAGCUGGGAGAGACAGCAGCGGACCAUGGACUGGCUGGGUGCCAUGGCUGGGGUGGGGCCAUGCAGGAGUCUGGGGCCCCACAAUCCCUAGAACCCUGGUGCUGAAAGCUGUUCCUUGACCAUCCCACAGGUGCCAGUGCAUGACUGGGCCUGAGGGCGCUCCAGGUCCUUUCUUAGGCAGCUUCUGGGCUCAAGCCAGUACUGGUGCCCUCAAAGGGCAGAGGGUGGCUAUGGCAGGGCUGCUCCCAGAGAUGGUAGGGCACAGGAUGGCUGAGGACAUGCCUUCUUAGGAGAUGGGGGAUCAGCCGCAGAGAGGCUCUUGCUGUUUAACUUGUGGCCAGAGCCCAGCAACUUCAUGCAGCCAGCCACAGUGGCUGAGCCCCUUUCCUCUGCUCAGCGGGAGGCAUCCUGCUGGCAGCACAGAUACUGGGACGCUGGGCAGUGGACAAGUGGGGGCCUGUGAGAGAAACGCUGUCCAAGUCCUUUGCUCUGCCUGGCCCAUGCUGGCCUCUGCCAGGUCACUUGUCACACUCCUCCCCAUGUGAAACUGAAGCUUCAUUUGCAUUUCCCAGGGGCGAAACCACACCACACACCUUGUUACCUACGUGUUGGUGAUGGCAGACAUGAUUUAAAGUGGCAAAAAGACUUGGUUCUCAGGGCAUUGCUACAGUAGCAUGGUGUUCUGGGGUCUCCCAGUCAAGCUCCUGACAGCACUUGCAGCCCCUACUUCCUGGUCAUAAGCAGGUCACCGUGGCCAAGACGGAGCAGAGGACAACCAUGCUUGCUGGAGUAGGACUCCUCACUCACAGCUUCCCUCCCAGGAUUCAGCCUCCUGGUCCCUCACUCCAUCCUCUGCCCCUGCCCACCCCAUGACCAGCUCCACUGCAGGCUUUCCAGCUGGGCCUCCUGCACCAGCCCUAGAAUACCCACCCCUCCAGACAGCCAGGGAAGCUGCACCCUCAGUGACCCGAGCC